AUGGAAUUUCCCUUCUCUUUUAAACAAGCUGAGAACCAAGCUGAGCAUCAACGACUGCUUGCCGAGCCUUCGUCUGCCUCCCCGAAGAGCAAAUUCGCCAUCAUCGUCAGCAUCUAUGCUCCACAAAUGACCGGCCCGGAUGCUGCAAAGAACAAAUUCUACGAUGACCUGCACGCCCUCCUGGCGUCUGUGCCAAAGACAAGUUGCUUGUCCUUGUUAACUUCAACGUCCGUAUCGACACAGACCAUGCUGCCUGGAAAGUAGUGCUGGGUCCCCAUAAUCUCGACGGCUCCAAUGACAAUGGCCUGCUCCUCCUACGAACCUGCACAGAACACCGGCUCAUUCUGACCAACACCUACUUCCGCCUCCCGAUGCGAAAGAAAGCCAACUGGAUGCACCGUCGGUCGCGACACUGGCACCUGAUGGACUGGGUCCUCCUCUGGUGGCGAGACCAGCGGGACUGCUGGUGACAAAGGCGAUUCCGGGUGUUGACGGCUGGACCGACCGUCGCCUCGUCAUCUCCGAGAUGCGGUCUCCCCUACAGCCUCGCAGGAGACCUAAAGAUAAGCGUCCCCUAGGUAAGCUGAAUAUCGCUUUGUUGUCUUUGCCUGCUCACCAUUUCCAUUUCUGCGAUGAGCUAACUCAAAGACUAGCCAACCUUCCAAUUGCCGCCGACGAGAACGCCUCCGACGACAACAAAGCAGCCUUCUACCGUAAUCGCCGCUUUGUGCAACAGCGGCUGCGGGAGGUGAAGGAAGACUGGACGGCUCGCAAGGCCGGGGAGAUCCAAGGGAACCCGAACUGCAACGAAUGGAAGAAUUUCUUCUCCUCGAUCAAGGCUGCAUACGGUCCGCCAACCAAAGGAACUACUCCUCUUCUCAGCGCUGACGGCAAUACCCUACUCAACGUGAAGGCACAAAUCCUACAGCGAUGGGCCUAG